AUGGCUUUUCAAAUUUCACAACAGCAGCAGGAACAAAAGCAAAUAGAUGGUGUCUCUGAAAUGGAAGUAGUCUUAGGCAAAUCAAAAUUAGAAAGAUGCAAAAAAACAUAUGCCCAUUAUUCCGACGCAACAAAAUCACUUCUCGCCGAACUAGCAAAUUUAGUUCACACACUCGCCUUUCAAGAUGGAUCCGACAACGUAAUAGUCAGACGUAUCCGUCAAUGGAUCAUCUCAAAUAGAAUCAUACCCCAACAUCUCUUUAAACUUUUACGAAGCAGCGUUCACAUACCACAAUAUGCUUGUCUUCUCGCAUUCUUUUACAACUAUGAGAUCGGCACUAGAUAUAAUUCACGCAAAACAUUAAAAUAUUAUCAGUUAGCCGCAGAAAUGGGUGAUGGGUUCGCGGCAAAUCAAACAGGAAUUUGUUAUCGAUGGUCUAUUGGUGUUGAAAAAUGUGAUUUGCGAAUGCAAAUUCGAUAUUAUCGUAUUUCUGCAGAAUUGGGUCAUCCGCAAGGGCAGUCAAAUUUGGCGCACGCAAUAAAGAGAGGUGAUGUACCCGAGUUUAGAGAUAAACGUGAAGUGUUGUUUUGGUAUUUGAAGGCUACAGAUACUGGGUACACGGCUGCAUUUUCGUAUGUCGCAGAAUGUUAUAAAAAUGGGUGUGGUACUAUGGUGGAUUAUCACAAUAUGCUUAGGUGGUAUACAAAGUAUUUGAAGAAAAAGAAAGUUGUAAUUGGCAUGAAUUCCCUUGUUAAUAAAUUAUUUAAGUUUACCUAA